CUCAAAUCUCAAUCAAAUCAGAGAAAUCCAAAAAGAAACAAAAGAACAAACACUGCAUCAUUCAAGCUCCAACACCCCCAAACUUCAAAAUACCCCCCACAAAUUGCCCUAAUACUUCCAAUUGCAUACUCCAACCACAAAUCGCCGGAAAACGAACAAGGACAUCUCACCAGCGAUAAACGCCAGAAAGGCGAGCGAGUUGUUCCGCCAAACUGAAAGACGAUUGCACAACAUAGUUGCACGCAAUUACGUUUUCUUUUUGUGAGUGUAUAAUUGAAUUUAUUAUCUCCAAAAUCUUAUAUGUUACUAUGCGUUUGCAAUUGCAUUCUCUAUAGUUAAUAUUCGGGUGUUUGAAAUAAUGUCGGUCGCAUCGUUACUCGAUUUGGGGGGUGUGAAGAAUGGUAUGUUAAAUGAGGUAGAUAGACCUAUUGUGGUUUAUGAUGAACAAUCAGAUCAGAGAUGUUUAUCUUUGGAUGAUACUAGUAGUGCUGAUGAUUCACCCAAUAAUAAUAAUAAUAAUAAUAAUAAUAAUAAUGAUGUUGGGGUUUCAUAUGAACUUACAACUGAUGCUGUUCCGUAUAUUGGGCAGAGAUUUACCUCUCAUGAUGCUGCGUAUGAAUUCUAUAGUGAAUUUGCAAAGAGAUGUGGGUUUUCAAUUCGGCGUCAUAGGACGGAAGGGAAGGAUGGGGUUGGGAAGGGCCUGACGAGGCGUUACUUUGUUUGUCAUCGGGCUGGUAAUACUCCGGCCAAGGUGGCUAAUGAGAAUAAGCCUCAAAGGAAUAGAAAAUCGUCUCGGUGUGGGUGUCAAGCGUAUUUGAGGAUUAGCAAGAACACAGAAUUAGGUCUUUCGGAAUGGCGUGUAACUGGUUUUGUAAAUCACCAUAACCAUGAACUUUUGGAGCCUAAUCAGGUCCGUUUCUUGCCGGCUUAUCGGACAAUAUCGGAGGGCGAUAAGAGCCGUAUCUGUAUGUAUGCCAAGACAGGAAUUUCAGUGCAGCAGAUGAUGAGGCUGUUGGAGUUGGAGAAAUGUGUUGAACCUGGGUAUCUUCCAUUUACUGAGAAGGAUGUUAGGAACUUGAUUCAGUCGUUUAGGAAAGUUGAUCAUGAAGAGGAUAGUAUAGACCUCUUGAGAAUGUGUAGAAGCAUUAAGGAAAAGGAUCACAACUUUAGGUUUGAGUACACUGUGGAUUCAAACAAUAAUCUUGAGAAUAUUUCAUGGUCCUAUGCUUCAUCAGUUCAAGCAUAUGAGGUGUUUGGUGACGCUGUGGUGUUCGAUACCACUCAUCGUUUGACUGCUUUUGAUAUGCCUCUUGGAAUUUGGGUUGGAAUUAAUAAUUAUGGUAUGCCUUGUUUCUUUGGCUGUGUACUUCUACGCGAGGAAAAUUUGAGGUCAUUAUCAUGGGCUUUAAAGGUAUUUAUAGGUUUUAUGAAUGGAAAAGCUCCUCAGACAAUAUUGACUGAUCAAAAUAUGUGCCUUAAAGAGGCAGUCACAGUGGAGAUGCCAACCACUAAACAUGCUUUAUGCAUAUGGCUGGUUGUAGCAAAGUUUCCAUCCUGGUUUAAUGCUGUUCUGGGGGAACGAUACAAUGAGUGGAAGGCCGAGUUCUAUCGACUUUAUAACUUGGAGUCCAUUGAUGAGUUCGAGUUGGGAUGGAGGGAUAUGAUCAAUUCUUUUGCCCUACACACUAAUAGGCAUGUCGCCAAUUUGUUUGCCUUGAGAUCACUUUGGGCAUUGUCAUACUUGAGAAACCAUUUCAUGGCUGGAUUGACUACUACUGGGCAGUCAAAGGCGAUCAAUGCUUUUAUCCAACGUUUUCUCAGUGCACAAACCCGGCUUGCUCAUUUUGUGGAACAAGUUGCUGUAGCUGUUGAUUUUAAAGAUCAAGCUGGAGAGCAGCAAACAAUGCAACAGAAUCUACAAAAUAUUAGCCUAAAAACUGGUGCACCAAUGGAAUCCCAUGCUGCCUCAGUCCUCACGCCUUUUGCAUUCUCCAAACUACAAGAGCAGCUUGUUUUGGCUUCCCACUAUGCUUCCUUCCAGAUGGACGAUGGUUUCCUUGUGAGACACCACACUAAACUCCAAGGAGGCCGGAAAGUGUACUGGGACCUACGAGAAGGUGUCAUCAGUUGCAGCUGCGACCAUUUUGAGUUCUCAGGUAUCCUAUGCCGGCAUGCCCUCCGAGUUCUUUCCACGGGAAAUUGCUUUCAGAUCCCUGAAAGAUAUCUUCCUCUGAGAUGGCGGCGGGUCAACUCAUCCACCAAUAAGCUCCAGAGCACUCUCAAUGACCAUGGAGAAAAAGUACAGCGGUUGCAAGCUAUGGUCUCCACACUGGUUUCAGAAUCAUCCAAGUCAAAGGAACGCCUAGAUUUGGCAACCGAGCAAGUGUCUAUCCUUUUGUCGCGGGUAAGGGAGCAGUCAGUUUCUUCCUCACUAGUCACAAGAGAUUCCACCAUGCAUAAGAAUUUUAGUUAAAACCCAGGAAAUCCUAGGAUCAAUUCUCAUCUCUGCCUUUGUGGCUCUCUAAACACACAAAAAAUAUAUACUUCACUUAGCUUUGCUAAAAAAUAGUCACGUAGAAUCUUGUUAGAUUCGUCUCGAUUUGUAAUUUAUUAACAUCAAAUUUUUAUAAUUUUUCAUAUUAGUAAUAAAAUUUAUUGAUAAUUGCAAAACUCAUUGGCAAGUGUGUAAUGAGAACGAAGGAAAGUGUAUUUUAGCUUGGUUAUCAAUGUUCAAUUCUUGUUAUCAUUA